UCGCGUUCAGCAGAGAAAGUAGCGACGCAACUGUUGUAAGAUUUUCUGCUGAACGCCACAUAGCGGCUUACGCUCUUACAACAUGUUUGCUGAGCGGUCGCCAUUUUAUCCAUCAUAUUAAAAGUACGCUACAAUCGUACAACACGUUGUAAAUCCAGAGAAACAUAACCCUGACACAAUGCAACAAGAAAUGGAAAUGUAUUAUAAUUAUAAUAAUAUGACCUAUUGCAUCACUGCAACAAGCGAUAUACAUGACAAACUACAAAAUGAUCCCGAAUUUUUUAAUAAAUAUUUCGCCACCAAUAUAACUUCAAGUGAAGUAGUAGGUGUGAUGGAGAAAGAAAAUAAUGAUCCCAUAAUAGAAUCAUUCAGUUGGACGAGGCAAAGUACCAAGCUUCUUUUAGAAAAGUAUCAUGAAAGAAAAACUAAAUUUCGUGAUCCAAAAAUUAAAAAAAGCUCUUAUGGACAGAAAUUGUUGAUGAAUUCGAAAAAAAUAAUUAUAUUGUUAACGAAGACACUCUGGACCGCAAGAUGCGAAACUUAAAAAAAUCUUAUAGGAAUAUUUUAGACAAUAAUAAAAAAACGAGUACUGGUCGUGGACGUAUUAAUUGGGAAUGGUACGACCUCAUGGAAGAAAUAUAUAGAGAAGAUCGUACUGUACACAUAGGUCCAACAAUAUCUUCUAUGGCAAUAAAUAACAACGCAGUUAAUGAGGAACAUAACAGUUUGACCCCAUCUACGUCGACUUGCGGAGAUCAAAAUAUAAGUUCUGCUUGCUCAGAAAUGGAAUUUGCUGAACAAAUCACAGAAAACGAACAGUCAAACAGGCAGCAGUUAGUAUGUUACGAUAGUACGAGUAAUGAUACAUCGAGCCAGGAUAACAUGAAGACUAAAACACAAAAAGCUGCCAAAUCAAAAGUUAUGUACGAUUUACGAAAAAAAUUAUUAGACUGUGAAGAAAAAAGAGUGGAAGCGAUAAAUAAAUUAACUGAGACUAUAGAAGAACAUAAUAAAAUACAACGUGAAAGAAAUGAUAUUUUGCGGAAUUUAGUAUCGCACGCAAAACAGUAAACACUUGUGUUCAAGUAUAGAAAUAUAAUAAUAUAUGCAAAGAAAACUAAGAGAUAUAAAAUGUUCUGUUGUUUCAUAUAUAAAAUAUAUAUAUAUUAAAUUAUUUUAUAUAUAAAAU